ACGGUAAACUCUUAAAAGUGAGUUUAUAUUUUGAUCUUGUUGAAGAGUUGAAGCGCGACGGACCAAAUGGAAAUUAAGCUUCUUACUUUCUAAGCGCGUUGGACUUUACCCACCGGCUGUCAGAUGUGUAUAUACACUUAUUAUAUAUGCAUUUGCUGUAGGAUUUAAUUCCCGUUCUCUGUGAAAAAGUGUCACUAUCUGGAAAGUUUCCAACAAUAGAGGGGAGACAGUAACAGACCGCCUCCUUGCUGUAAAGAGGGCGGAAACACAACACGACCACCUUGUCACCUCGGAGAGCCGGCGUUUUGUUUAGAAGGUAACCACGUCUCUUGGUGGAGUAGGACACAGCUGAGUGUUUGUGGGACUUAUAAUGAUGCACAGACUCGGAAUGAGACCUAACCUACUUCUAAUGUCCUUCACUGGAUUAAAAGUUUAUGAUAUUUAGCCUGACUUUACCGAAAUGAUUUCUGAGAACAUGUGUGGGUUUGGUCUGCUUCUGCAAGACCAUCAGUGAUCCUUUCAUUCGCAUAUUUUUUUAUUUUGGGGGAGAAAAAAGAAGAAGAUGGAAACGGGUGUGAGGCCCCACCAGCAGGUUGAGCUCUUCCUCCACCCGCUCUCCAACCCCGGAGCAGCGGGGAUCUUCCCUGAGAUGCUCGAGGUGGCCGAGGAAGCAAACCGCGCCGGAGACUACAGCCUGGCCGUGGAGAUCUACAGCUCUCAGCUCGCAGACCUCCAGCAGCCGGACAGGGGUUUGUGUUUGAGGAAAGCGGACUCUUUAGCCCGGGCUGGGCGCAUAUCUGAGGCGUUGGACUCGUAUUGCACGGCGGCCAACUUGGGCAAACUGCGCCCGGAUGAACUACCCCUCCUAGUAGAAACCAUCGCCCGGACUCUUCGCGAGAAAGAGCUGGGCAUCACCGGGACCUUAAACGGACACGUAAAAAGCAGCAGUGGAGGAGAUGAUGACAUUGAAGCUGAUGGGGAUGGCGCAGAGGAUGAAGUGUUGGAUUUGUUUUCAUGUCGCCUCUGCAAGUGUCUCCUCCACGAGCCCACCACGGUGGACUGUGGACACACUUUCUGCAAAAGCUGCCUGGAGGACGACUCUGUCAAAGACUGUGUGCAGUGCAAGUUAACUUUGAACAAAAAAGGACUACCAAAUGGCUGGAGGUUGAAUGUUGUUCUCAGCGGCCUGCUGGACAAACUGUUUGCCACUGAGAGCAGAGCUAGGAAAUACUGGAUCGAAGGGGAACUUCUGUGGAAAAGACAGAACCUACCGGAUGCCUUGGAGAAGUACAAUGCAGCAUUGGAUUUAGUGCCCUCUUCAGGCCGACUGCUGUGUCAGCGGACUGAGUUGCACAUGGAGAUGAGGGACUUCAGUAAAGCAGUGCAGGACGCCAGCAGCCUCUGUAGGAUGAAACCUCUCAUGACAAAGGCUCAUUGUCUGAAAGCUACAGCGCUGAGUAAAGGGGGACGAAAUGACGAGGCCUUUCAGGAAUAUUUGAUGUGUGUGGCUCUAAAGCCGGACUGGACCAAAGUAAAACUGGAGGCUCAGAAAGUCCUCAGCGAGCUGUUCUCCUCCGUGUUUGAGAAUGAAGACAUGCCAACACCGCUGCACCCACUUCAAGGGGGGUUGGCAACCCGCCUCAUUAAACCUCCCGCCUUGCUCAGAUCACUGAGACCGCUCACACAAAGACAUUGCUCCUCUUCUUCUUCCUCCUCCUCUGCCUCCUCCUCACAGGACUCAGAGUUCAGUGUCAGUAAAAGUGCUCCAGCAGAAGAUUCAUCCUCCAGACUGUCUGCUGCGUCUCCUGGUAGAUCAGAUGCAGCAGCAGUGGAAGAAAGCACCAAGAGCCUAGCUGGAGUUCUGGCUGCUAUCCCAGCUCCCCCUGGUGGCCUCAAGAGGAAACACAGCGGAGAUGGACCCUCUGCAAUCUUCAACACUCCCUCUAAGCUGCUCAGACCUGACGGGUUGUGCAGCUCUCAGACGGCAUCAGUGUGUGGAGGUAGGACGGUUCCUGCCGAGCUGCUGGACAGCAGAGACAUGGAGUGUUCACUUUGCAUGAGGUUGUUCUAUGAGCCAGUGGCCACUCCCUGCGGACAUACCUUCUGCCUCAAAUGUCUAGAACGCUGCAUGGACCACAACCCCAACUGCCCUCUGUGCAAGGAGAAUCUGGCUGAGUAUCUGGCCACCAGGGGUUACAAAAAGACUGUGCUCAUGGAGGAAUUGCUGCAGCGUUACCUUGGAGACGAGCUGGCAGAGAGGAAGAAAAUCCACGAAGAGGAGAUGAAGGAGCUGUCCAACCUAAACCAGGAAGUGCCCAUCUUUGUUUGCACAAUGGCCUUCCCCACCAUCCCCUGCCCCCUGCACGUUUUUGAGCCACGCUACCGCCUCAUGAUUCGCCGCUCCAUGGAGACGGGAACCAAGCAGUUUGGCAUGUGUAUAGCUGACGAGCUCAAAGGCUUUGCCGAUCAUGGCUGCAUGCUUCAGGUGCGAGAUGUGCAGUUUUUUCCUGAUGGGCGUUCUGUGGUCGACACCAUCGGCGUGUCUCGGUUCAAGGUCCUCAGCCAUGGCCAGAGAGACGGCUACAAUAUCGCCAAGAUCGAGUAUCUGGAAGACAAGAAGGUGGAAGGGGAGGAGCUGACUGAGCUUCUGAAGCUGCAUGAUGCCGUGUACGAGCAGGCCAACAGCUGGUUCACCUCCCUGAAAGACAACAUGAAGAGCCAGAUCCUCAGCCACUUCGGACACCUUCCCAGCAAAGACACUGACCCACAGGCCAGUCCCAGCGGUCCUGCCUGGUGCUGGUGGCUCCUCGCUGUCCUUCCUUUGGAAAACCGAGCCCAGCUAACCAUCCUCGCCAUGAACUCCCUCAAGGACCGCCUCAUUGCCAUCCGAAGGGUCCUCAUCUUCGUCACGCGCAAGAGGCCGCGGUGAUCGGGCAUCGGCUCGAGCUUCCAUGCAGUUCUGCGGUUCAUUCAGUAAUUGUCAGUCAUUCAUUUGUUUACUUUGACUGAAUAAUUUUCUCAUUUACACACGUGUUUACUUGGUCAUUUACAAAAAAUCAAGUCAUUCUGUCAGAUCCUCAUGAGUUCUGAAAAGGUCCCUUGUGCUGAGAGAGGUAGGUGGGUCGGGUCUCCGUGCACCCAGCCCCUGGCUCACCUGCCUCCUCUCACUUGGAUGAACCGGGCUACAACACAUCUCUGAACGAGUGAGCUCUCACCUCUCCUCCUCUUACUGUCUGAAAAAGCUGUGAGGAAAUCUGCCUGACUCUCUGUUAUGAAGGAUCAAACACGUGUGUGUGAGCGAAAUGGUUCAAGAGGAAUACAUUUUUUUUUUUUACAUAAACAAACCAGUAGUCACAUGAGCUUAAACAACAGGGGGCUUGUCACAGAUCCAUGUGGCACCCCGUAUCCAUCACUGACUGUGUGUGUACAGGUGCAGUUUCUAAUAAACCUCACAUAACAGAAGUAUUACGCAAAAAUAAAAACACUUGGCAUGACGGCAACACAUCAAAGUGAAUGUACUGUUCUGGCUGUAGUGGGAGUACAUUUUUCUUUUUCUCAAACAUUUGCAAAAUCUGGUCACUCAGUUGCACACGAGGUCAGAUUUCCGUACGCGAAAGUGCUACAGCUGCUUCAUUUGAAAAUCUUCCUGACUGAGCUGAAAUCCACGUGGAGCUCCAAAACCUGCGGCCUCACAUCGUGGUGGGCUCAUACCUCAGACUGUCUCAUAGAAACAUGACAACAUCUCUCUUUUUUGUUUUGAAAGGAAGUUGUUUGCGAGAUUGGAACGCAAGACGGGCUAUCGCACAAGCUCGAGUUUCAUUUAGGAAAACGCAGAAAAAAUGCAUCCUCCCGGAUCCCCGUGAUCUGGAACCUUUCAGUCCUAUUGUAGCAUAUCUCUGGGACUUCAGAUACAGACUUAGUUUUUAGGGUUUGAUUGUGUAUUUUAUUUUCUGUUUCUCUCUCUGCUAUGCCCUUAAGUGUAAGUGUAUGGUGAAAUCUUAAUUUGGGUGAUUUUAUAUGUAUAUCAAUGUAACUCGGAGGCCUUUGUAAUGUUUUAUUUAAGAAGCGUUUCACCCUCUAUCUGUCUCUCUCUCUCUUUCAGUACAUUUACAUGCACACUGUAGGGUGAUUACAGUGCUUGAAGUUGGAGUUAAAUAGUAAACAGUCUAUGGUUAUAGUCAGUGUUUCUAAAAAAGAAAAGAAAAAACUUUGUGUAUAUCCUGGAGGCCUGACAAAUAAUUUUGCUAAUUUAUUUUUUUAAGACAUUGUUCAAAUUGCAUUGUUUAUUCUGAGCCUUUAACAAGUUAAUUGUGUCAUGUUUAGCUAAAUUUUCUCCAACUGUUCAAUUGAGAAACUUAAAAUCAAUCAGAGUAACAUUUUAUGUUUCCAUGCAGCUUCUUGGGUAUAAAAACCUCUGCAGGAUAAUUAUAAGAAAUUUGGUUAAAUGUUGGAAAAAUAAUUAGAGUAAUCCUUGUAUUAAAGCUACUGUAUGGAAAUUUUGACAACUAGAGGUGCUGUAGAGCAACGAUUUAUUUCCAUUGUGUUUCCAUUUUUUGUUAUUAUUAAGUGUUAGAGCAAGAACAUUUCUAGCUUGUUUUGGACACAUGACCACACAAAAGAUGGAGUUUUUAUAAUGCUGAAAAACAUGAUUUUGUUAGGAUAAAAUAUGUUUUGAUGAGAAACACUGAUUAUAAACCUAUCUGUGUUUGUUUGUAAAAUGUCUGUACCCUAAAAAUAUGGAUGGAUGGAUGAAUGAUGAAAAGUGUCGGUGACUUAACUCUGUCUUCAAGUCAUGAAAGGAAAUCAGUUGUUUACCACUCACAUUAUUCCAGAGUGAAGAUCAGACUGAAUCCAAAUGUUUUCACAUGAGAUCUCUGGCUGUGAUUGUGUUCUUGUUGGUGUGCAUGUGAAUGCACUGUUUCUCUGUAUAAUUCUGUCCUUCCAUUUGUUUGUGACUCUACUGCAGUCAGUCGCUCUCCAUUCUUGGGGCGGGGUUCACAAUGUGCUGCAUUUCCCUGGUAUAUUUGUAAAGGGAGAUCUUGUACCUAUUUUUUAUUGCAAAUAAAGAAAAACAUGUUCA